CUCUUACUCUUAUAUACCCCACUCCAACCAGCGCAGAUCAGCUAGCUAGCUUCGCCGGCGAUCGAUGGCGGGCGGGUGCAAGGCGGCGAUCGGGUGCGUGGACGCGCGCGUGCCCGUGCGGGCCAGCUACGUCAGCCUCUACAAGUGGCCCGAGUCCGACGCCGAGUUCGUCCGGUCCGUCGCCAUGGCGCGGCGCCACCGCCAGCAGCCGGAGAGCCCCGCUGCCGCCGGGUGCUACAGCGGCGGCAGCGCCAGCAUGCGCCGCGGGGCUGGCGUCGACGUUGGUGGCGAGAGCCCGAGGGUGGUGGACAGCUACUCGUGCCGGCAGAUGUAUCUCCGCAGCUACACCUUCUCGACGAGGAAGGAGACCGUGCCCGAGCGCACCAUGGCGUGCCUCGGCCGCGUCCGGGAGCGCGCCGCCGUCUUCCCCAGCUUCCUCCCGCACCGCGUCGGCGGCGGCGGAUCCGACGCCGGAAGCUCAUUCGGCAGCUCGAGUGGCGGUGGAGGUCAGUAUUCCGGGAGGGAUCAAGACGGGCGCCGCGGGACUACUGCCGGCAGCAACGGGAGGAGGAAGCGUCGGAGGAAGAAGAAGGGGUGCGCCGUGGUGAGGAGGCUGCAGGAGGCCUCGUGCGGCGCGGUGCGUGCCAUCUUCCGCCGCCUGCUCGCCUGCACCACCACCGUCGACGUCGAGGUCGCCGAGCCGCCGCCCGGCCGGUGAAUGCCGCCAUUUUCAUGCCGGACAUGUCCUCGGUCCUUUUUUUGGCAUUCUAUUUCCUACGGAGUAGUAAUUAAUAUAUUCUAUAUUUUAAUCAUUUUCUACUCGAGUUACAGUACAGUAGUAGCUUCCAUUCGUAGCAAAUGAGUAACAUAUAUAUCAUCAGCUUGUAACUUAUUUGUGAUUGUGCUAUAUUUAUUUCUUGUUACAUAUAUGCAUACAACCGGUGUGGUUA